CACUGCCAUCGACCAUCGUCAUUCUCGCUGUCAAUACACCUUUUUAUCUCAAGGACAUCACCUAUCCUACAUCUUUAAUACAUCUUCAAAAUGGUUCCCAGACAGCGUGUCGUCUCUGGCCGUCAGCAGAAGAGCUUCUUCAGCACUGCCUAUGACGAAGUUACCCACCCCGAGAAUGCUACCAUUGUGAGAAGCGUUCUGGUCUUCGGCGCCGGCGUCGCUUUCCUCUACAGCAGCCUCAGCGAGCUCCUCCUUCCUCCUAUGUAAACGGAUUUUCGCACGUUCGUUCGCAAUGUGUACGUGAUAUGAAAUUGUCGGCUGUCUCGAAAGGUGCCGACAUCGAUCACGACACGCGAACAAUUCUUCCUACUUCUUCCUUUGAAUUCGAUUCUAAUGAAUACGUGUAUUAUACUGUGUGCUUCAUGGGCAUAUAUGGGCUUCAACGUUAUGUGGCUAGGCUUGUCAUACGGGUCCGUGAAGGAUCAACAUUAUGUGGCGUUAGAAUAGAUAUGAUCUCCGGAACAUUUCCCGGUCUCUCCUCCGCAUAAUUGCAUAAGCU